UGUGUCAUUUUGCAGUGUCAGCUUGAUUAGAUUAACCACGAAUAUAAAUGUUUUAUUUAUUUCAGAUUAAAGACCUAAUUUUAACGUACUUUAAGCAUAAAUAGUGUCAACUUUGUCAAGUUAUUCCUUUUUUUACGUGAAUAAUGGAUAUUGGGGAAUUAUUAGAUUAUAAACCGCCGCAAGGUGUAAAACGGCCAGUCGAAAAUGAAAAUGACGAUAUUGAAAAGCAAAGAAAGAUGCGACGAAUCGCAAGAGAUAAAGCAAAUAAAAUGUCUAGGGCUGCCUCACCGACACCUUCGUUACAAACUCUUGACCAAAUCAGUGAAGAAGAAAGACAAGAAAUUUUGAAAUUUGUAGAAACAGAACAAACUGAAGGAGAAGUCAUUGAUGAAGCGGCAAUCAAAAGGAUAGUGUUAAAUUUUGAAAAAAGAAGUUUGAAAAACAGAGAAAUGCGAAUCAAGUUUCCAGAUUCGCCAGAAAAAUUUAUGGAGAGCGAGUUAGAAUUACAUGAAAUUCUACAGGAAAUGAGAGUAUUAUCAACAGCACCUGAUUAUUAUCCCUUGUUGGUGAAACUCCAUGUGAUCCCAAGUUUGCUUGAAUUAUUAGCCCAUGACAACACAGACGUUGCAGUAGCAACGGUCGAACUUUUGCAGGAAUUAACUGACGUUGACAUUCUUCAUGAAUCUGAGGAAGGUGCAGAAGCUCUCAUAGAUUCUUUACUUGAACAUCAGGUAAUCGCACUUUUAGUACAAAACUUAGAUCGUUUAGAUGAGACAGUGAAAGAGGAAGCAGAUGGUGUACACAAUUCAUUAUCUAUCAUAGAGAACCUGACAGAACUGAGAAAUGAUAUAUGUAACGAAGCAACAAAGCAAGGUUUGCUUCAAUGGUUACUUAAGAGACUGAAAGUGAAAGCUCCAUUUGAUCCAAAUAAAUUGUAUGUUAGUGAAUUACUCUCAAUUUUGCUUCAAGACAAUGAGAAAAACAGAACAACUUUAGGAGAAAUGGACGGGAUUGAUACCUUACUACAACAAUUGGCUUUCUAUAAAAGACAUGAUCCUUCAAGUGCCGAGGAGCAUGAACUUAUGGAAAAUUUGUUCAAUUGCUUAUGCAGCGCGCUGAUGGUUGUCUCGAAUAGAGAUCGUUUUCUCAAGGGGGAAGGUUUACAACUCAUGAACUUGAUGUUGAGAGAAAAGAAAACUUCGCGGAAUGGUUCUUUGAAAGUUCUGGAUUAUGCCAUGUCAGGACCACAUGGUAAAGAUAAUUGUAACAAGUUUGUUGAUAUUUUGGGUCUUCGUACGAUUUUUCCAUUGUUUAUGAAAACGCCGAAGAAAAAUAGAAAAAAAGUAUUGUCAACUGAAGAACAUGAAGAACACGUGACUUCCAUAAUUGCCUCCAUGUUGAGAAAUUGCCGCGGCUCGCAAAGACAACGACUUGUUAGUAAAUUUACAGAAAAUGAUCAUGAAAAAGUAGACAGAUUACUUGAAUUGCAUUUUAAAUAUCUUGAAAAAGUUGAGGCUAUUGAUGACGCAAUGGAUGAAGAAAAUGAAAGUGAAGAUGAUGACGCGAAUUAUAUGAAACGUUUGGAGGGAGGUUUGUUCACAUUGCAGUUGGUGGACUAUAUUAUAGUCGAAGUUUGUGCUGCUGGUCCUACAAGUAUUAAACAAAGGGUUAUGCAGAUACUCAAUCUACGAGGUGCAUCACUUAAAACUAUAAGGCAUAUAAUGCGAGAAUAUGCAGGUAAUUUGGGUGAUGAAGGUGACAAAGAGUGGCGUGAUCAAGAACAACAACACAUUUUGCAUUUAGUUGAUAAAUUUUGACCCAAUAAUUUAUAAAAUAAAACUUCAAUAAAAAGUAAAAUUACAGUAAAAAAAGUUCGUUGUCAUGUAAUAGUGCUUUUUGAAUUAAAUAUUAACACCCCUGUUUUUACAAA